AUGCAUCAACCAAGAUUGCAACAACUUGAUGAUGAGAAAGCUGAAGAUAAAGAAUUGAUCGACACUCUAAUGCUCGUACAUUCGGACCAAGUACGUAGAGUUCCAGAGUCAAAAGAAAUAUUCUCAAGAAGAUAUACUUAUCGAGGGAUUUACCACCAGAAACUGAUACACAGUUAUUUUCUCCCUAAUUGUGUGUACUCUGAUCAAGAUUCCCAAUGUGGGUUCUGCAUGCCUCGGCACCUGGUGAAAAAGAUUAUUGAUGAGCUUUGUCGAGUAGAACCUCAAUUUAAUUGUCAGUUUGAUGCACAAUAUAUUGGAGGUCAUAGUUCUAAACAAAAAGUUACUUCGGCUCUAAGGAUUCUAGGUUAUGGCAAACCGGCGGAUGCGAACGAUGAGUACCUUCGUACGGGGAAAUCAACUUCAUUCAAUUAUCUUUCAUUUUUUGCGAAGUAA